UCGCUGGCGUCUGUAAAACUUGUCUCUAUUAUUUUGUAUAAGCAGACAAGGCUUUCUGGCCAAUUUUUAGAUUUUGCAUGUUUUUUAACUGUCAUUUUGGAUUUUGACAUUUUUAUGACUGUCAGCUCCUUUUUGCAAUCGCUCGUAUUUUGGCAUAGUAAUGAAUCCAAGUUCCUUAUCAAGACAGUCAGUAGGACAACGAUCGAGUUGAUUUUUUUAGUGUGUUCUGGCUCCCCAAUCAACUCCUCAAAAAAUUCAAACAAAACUGCUUUUGCAAGUUUAGCGGAAGCACAAUUUUCGUCCAACCAAGCGACUAUUGAUUGAUUUAACUGCAAAGCGAAAAGAACAUUACCUUGUGAAAGUCCCUUUUUAUUUUUUUACAAAAUCCUCACAGAAUUUCUAUUUUUUUUAUUUUUCUUUUCUCAGACUUAAUUCUGUAUGUCUAAUUGGAAUGACCUCUCAAGGGAGAGGCUUAUUCAGGAAUACAAGAAAUAUCCAUGUUUAUGGUCCAGCAGAGAUGAGGACAUCAAAAAUGUCGAGAAAAGAAGAGAAUGUUUAAAUUUAAUAACAACAGAAUUAAAUAAAUACGAAGAAAGGCCGUUCUCGCAAGAUGAAAUCCGUACCCAAUUCAAAAACCUUCGCGACAUGUAUCGACGGAAAAGGAAAAGGCUCCAGUCUCAGCAAGAAAUUAAUCCUGGAGUUGUUUUGGACGAACCCGGAUGGAUUUACUUUAAUAGGCUAAAGUUUCUGGAUGAUGCGACAACGACGAGUAAUGCUGAUUUUGGACUCCCAAACGAAUCUCCUUCCCCCGCUCCAUCUUUACCUCCUCCCAAAAAGAAAGGAAAAAUUGUUGACGACUCGUCUUUACCUACACCUUUAGAAACUGAUCCACAACCACCAGAAAAUAGUAAAUCUAUUCUUGUUCCCGUAAAAAUUGAAAGAGCAACCACAACAGAUAAAGAACAAUUAAUUCUUUCUUAUUCAAAAGACGAGCAACAAAUUAAAUUAAAUUCUCAACAUAAUGUUGAGGAAUGCAAUAACUCCAAGACUUCAUCAUCUUCUUUACUAGAAUCCUUACAAAAACACCAACAACAACAACAACAACCAGAGAACACUAAUAAUAGUGAUGCGCUGAAUAAAGUCUACUCGACAGUUCAACAAACUCCUCUGGAUAAUCUCGCAGACGCCGCCAUAGCUUCCUUCAAUCACACUUCAACUUCAAAAAACAACAAUGAAUUACUAAUUGAACAACAACCAAGGCAUAUUUCUUAUAUUCCUUGUGAAGACAGCAACACCAACAACGACGAAUUUACUUGCUUUGGCCGAUUCAUCGCCGUUACUUUAAGAAAGAUAGCUGCACAUUCAGCUUUGGAUGCUUUAGAAGCUCGAAAAGCGAUUGGGGAUGUUCUCUAUGGAGCAGAAUUGCGUUCUUUACAAAAACAAUGA